AUGGCUUGUGUUACGACAGCAAAAUUUUCGGUUUCCAUUAAUGGCAAAUUGCAUGGCUACUUUGGGAGCUCUAGGGGGAUUCGCCAAGGAGACCCUCUAUCGCCUUACCUUUUUAUUCUGGUUAUGGAGAUCUUCUCGGGCAUUCUAAAGGCUAAAACUGAUAUGCCGGAUUUCCACUGGUUUUGGCGAUGCAAAAAGACCCGGUUAUCGCACCUCUUCUUUGCGGAUGAUGUACUGCUGUUCGCAGAAGGUCACUUGAGGUCAGUUCAACUGAUAAAUGAAUCUCUCCUCUUGUUCUCUGAUUGGUCUGGAUUAAAACCGAAUAAGGCGAAGAGCAACAUCUUCAUCACGGGAGGGACUCAGGCGUUGCAUGACCAGUUAAUUCAAUGCCUCGGGUUUCAGCAGGGUCCCGACCUUGGAGUUGGUGGAGCUAAAGUAGUGUGGAAGGCUGUUUGCUUACCCAAAGAGGAAGGCGGCCUAGGCAUCCGGAGACUUGUUGAAUACAACAAUGCUAUGACUUUAAAGCACAUUUGGCUUCUCUUUACCGACAAAGAAUCCUUGUGGUGUAAGUGGAUACACUCCACCUUUUUAAAGAAGGCAAAUUUUUGGCUUGUGCCCAAACCUACCUUCUGUUCUUGGACAUGGAAGAAAAUCCUUGAUAUGCGGUUAUCUGCUCAAGCUAUGUUCCGAUGGAAGAUUGGAAAUGGGCACUCUGUAUCCUUCUGGUUUGACUGGUGGCACAGCAGGGGCCCGCUAUACUUGCUUUUUAGUAAUGCGGAGAUCUAUCAAUCGCGCAUUCCUCGGGAUGCUACAGUGCGAUCUUUCUACGAAGGUUCUUGGCAACCUUCUAACACCCUUGCCACUAUUAUGGGUUGGAUGGAUCCCCUUCCGUCUAUUGUGGAUAGCUUAUGCGAAACCUACACCCAAGUCUCCAAGCGCUUCUUUAAACGUGCGAGUCAUGCAACUAGUGACAGUCCCGCGGUCUCUGGACACCUUAAGAACGAAAAGCCAGAUGAAACUCGGGAGGUUCUGGACAUAUUUCAAUAUCUAGAUGUUCAUUCGUUCACAAAGAUGAUCAUGGGUUGCCAGCGAACUGGCUGCCUUGACGAUGCCCUGAAACUGUUCUACGAAAUACCCGUGAGAGAUGCAAUUUGCAGGAACACAAUGAUCAAAGGCUGCUUAGACUGCGGGGACUUGAUGAUGGCGGAAGAGCUUUUUGAUGAAAUGCCCGAACCAAGUGUUGUUUCAUGGACGACAAUGAUAGAUGGGUUCUUUCGAUUUGGACAAGUUGAACAGGUAGAGAGAUUUUUCAAACAGAUGCUCAUAAGGGAUCUUGCUGCAUGGAAUGCGAUGCUUCAUGGGUAUUGUGAGAAUGCGAGGGUUGAUGAUGCUGUGAAAUUGUUUGAGCAAAUGCCUUCUCGAAAUGUGAUUCCAUGGACUCCAAGGACUAGCGGGCGUGACCAAAAUGGUAAGAGUGAAGAGGCUUUAAUCCUUUUUGAGAGAAUGUUCGAGUCUGGUGUUGUUCCCAAUUCGAGUAACUUGACAUGUGCAUUGAGUGCCUGUGCAAAUGCAUCAUCUUUUCCUCUUGGUGUGCAGAUUCAUGGUCAUGUUUUCAAGUCAGGAUUCUGCCUUAGUCGAUUUGUAUGUGCUUCUGUCAUCACGUUCUAUGCUAAUUGCAAGCGCAUUGAGAAAGCAACCCAAGUCUUCAAUGAAGCAGUUUAUAGGAAUGUGGUCAUAUGCACGGCUCUUCUAACUGGUUAUGGCUCGAAUGGUAGGCAUGAAGAUGGCCUGGAGGUGUUCAGUGACAUGAUGAGAACAAGUGUUCUUCCUAAUCAAUCUUCUUCUCUAAGUUCUUUAAACUCUUGCUGUAGUUUUAGAGUCUCUAGAUCGAGGUAAGGAGGUCCAUGCGUCAGCUGUAAAGCCGAAAUUGGAAAGUGAUGUUUUUGUUGGCAAUUCUCUUGUAGUCAGGUAUAAUAAGUGUGGAGGCAUUGAUGAUGCUGUUGUAGUGUUCAAAAGACUCGGGGAGAAGGACAUUGUCACCUGGAAUGUCGUUGUUUGCGGGUUUGCACAACAUGCUUGAGGGAUGUGGGCUAUGGAGUUGUUUAGCCAAAUGAUUCGCAGACUGGUACAACCAGAUGAGAUCACACUCACGGGACUACUUUCUUCCUGUAGUCAUUCUGGGAUGUUACAAAAGGGGAGGUGCUUGUUCAGAUACUUUAGUUAGAACACUUCCAGUGAAUUGAAGCAUGAGCAUUAUGCAUGCAUGGUGGAUGUGCUAGGAUGAUGUGGGAAGCUAGAGGAAGCAGAGGAUAUUGUAAGAACAUGCCCUUUAAAACUAACUCCAUAGUGUGGCUUGCUUGGCUUAGUUCUUGCAGGAUGCAUUCUAACCUAGAUUUGACAGAAAGAGCUGCAAACUAUAUUCUUGACCCAAAACCACAUUGUAGUGCUGCUUAUGUUUUACUGUCCAACUUCUAUGCUUUUGCUAAUAGGUGGGGUGAUGUCUCGAGAUUAAGAGUGACUAUGAGGGAUCAAUGGAUUGUGAAGCAACCAGGUAGCAGUUGGGUUACUAUAAAGGGGCAAAAGCAUUUAUUUCUUUCUAGGGAUAAAUCUCACCGUUUGAGUGAGAACAUAUAUUGGAAGCCGGAUUGGUUGAAACUGAAGUUGAAGGAAUCGGGUAACGUUCCAAAUAAGAGGUUCUCUCUCCAUGACAUGGAAGACGAACAGAAGGAAGGGUCAUUAUUACUAUCAAGGGUAGUACAAUAACUGUA